GUCCUUCAAGGCUUUCACGUUCCUCGCUCUGUUACGCUGAUACUUCUUGUUUCUUUUUCUGCAUAUUGUCACGAGCCCAUACGAGGCAAACCUCCAGUCGCUGCAAACAUCUUUCUCUGAUCUACGGCUCUCUUCGUUGGUCACGCUUUUCGCCUGACUUGGGCUCCAUCCGCUCUACGCCAUGCAACACGCAUCGAAUUCCCCGUGGCGGACGCCUGCGAUGCAAUACCCCAAACCCCAAUACAGUCUACAGCAUACCAUAUCCAUGGUCAAUCUCCGCGAUGAUGAUCAGUCGUGGUACAAAGGCCGUGAGACUGAAUCCCCUACUACCUCGUCGGUCUCGUCUGCCACCAGUCGAAGCACAACACCAACAACCACAAACAACAACCCAUGGUCAAACGUGAUGGUUAGCCCAGCUUCCACAUAUUCCAACAAGUCGACCGACUCCUCGUCCCCAAAAGGUAGCCCAAAACAUACCCCGCCUUAUACCAGCCGAUCGACAACACCUAUUGCUCCCCAGCCAAUAAGGGUGAUCAAUCCGGUAGCAGGAUUCGCGCCCAUGUCUCCACCUCCUCAAACUCCUGGGGAGUCGUUCAGAAAUGGUGACUACCCAGGCUCACCAAUGAAUCCAUAUCGACAACCUGUCGCUCCAUUAGUACCAUUGGUGAAUGGAUACAUCAACACCUCUAUUCUAUCAUCUCAGGGUCAGUCUCUUUCUGGAUGGUUCUACGAGCUCGUACGAAAGCAGGGAUGGGAUGCUGGUCUCGUAAAGAAGAUAUGGCAGUGGACAUUGUCUAACCCUAGGCUCGCAAUUUUGUUGUUUGUCUGCGACGAUGUUGCGUCAUGGCGUCAAGCCUCUUUCUUUGAUCUUCGAGAUGAGAGCUUGCCGUUCCCGGAGGAUCGUCUCCAAGGCAUUGUGGGAAAUGCACGCAAAGUCGUUGGGGAGCAGUGGCGCGCCACAUCCAAGGAACUACCACUGACGGGCGCACAUGUCGACUUCACUGCACGAGAAACAGUACCCCUACAGCAUAUCAGUCUUAUUCGAUCAUCGCGCAAUUCUGAAAAGAGCGUUGACUGGGUUCGGAUGCAAGGUAACAGCGAUGAUCGCGUGCUAGUGCGAAAGCGCUUUGUUACUGCUCGUGCCUCUCAAAAGACUGCGCUCUUGGACCAGAUAAACAAGUUCAAGCAACAUGAGCAUAAGAACAUUGCAAAACUGCUUUGCUCAUACUCUCAGCCAAGCCAUGUUGGAAUCGUGACGGAGAAAGCGCAAUACACUCUGGACGACUACCUUGCGCUACCUGGGAGCGACCCGAACCGCUCCAAGUUGUUAGUGGACUGGAUGUAUGAUCUGUCCUCUGCCCUUGAAUAUCUUCAUUCGCAAUCUAUUUGCCACCGGAGCAUUCGACCUCGCAAGAUCCUAAUAGACGGUGCUCGCAUUAUUCUCGCUCCUUUCGACAUUGGACAGAGUAUCGACACAUUCAGUCCGACUAUGGCGAACUCUCAACGCCUAGACCAGCUUCACAUGUACUUCCAGGAUCAGUCUUACGUCUAUGCAGCGCCCGAAGCGAUUGUCUCACGUGGUAAAAGAAUGGCGGACGUGUUCUCGCUCGGCUGCGUGUUUCUAUCGAUGAUGACGGUAGCACAAGGCCAGUCACUAUCUGUGUUUGCGCAAUAUCGGGCAGCAUCCACCCAGGAUGCCUCAUACCAUGCACACCUCGACCGAGUCGCAAGCUGGCGAAACAGACUGCAUGCAGCGACCACUUCGAACCUUAGAAACGGACUGGUCGGAUCUGGCCGGAAGCUAAGACAGUUGAAGGCGGAAUCCGAGUGGCUGACCAUUAUUGAGAAGAUGCUCUUACCCGGACCAAAGGAUAGAAUAAAGAUGAGAUUUGUUCUGGCGAGUCUGGGUAGCGGUAAAGCUACUGGAGGAAGACGACGUAGCUUAGAUGGUGGUGGUUGCAGUGGGCAAGCAGCAGCAUCUCUCGGCGUAAAUGGUGCAUCAACUGCGACGUUGGUCGAUAUUUCGGAGCACCACGCGCCGCGCAAACCAGAACUAAGCGUCUUCGAUGGGUACUUCCAAACCCAGACCCGCAGGUUAGAACCGGCAGGUGGCUGGUAAAGAAGAUGUCGAACCUCGAACAGUAUGUCAAACAAGAGCUUACGCCAA